AUGCCACCCCAAUCUGUUGUAAUUGUCGGAGGUUCCGUUGCAGGGUUACUGCAAGGGCUACAACUCAAGCGAUGCGGUAGCAACGUUAUAGUCCUAGAGCAAGACCCUUCCAAGGACCGACACAGCCAUGAAUCCGGCGUCUCCAUUGGACCGACCGUCGUGCGCCUUUUAGAUAAAUAUGAUGCCACAGGUCGACCAGCAGCAAUCCCCGCUAAAUUCAUUAGUGCUGCGUGGCACAAGCGUCUUAGGGUGAUCAAUACCCAUUGGGCACACAGCAUGAGCAACUGGGGAUGCCUAUACCUGAUAUUACGUGCGAAUUUCGAUGGAUUCAAGUCUGAGACGGUCCCGAACCCUCCUGGGCCGCAGAAAGGGGAUGGGAGCGUUGAGUAUUGGCCGGGGAAGCGUGCAACGGGGUUGAAGUAUGCUAAGGAUCAGGGUAAGGUUCACCUCCAGUACGUGGACGUGUUGACUGGUGAGGAGAGCAGCGUUAGUGCGGACAUGGUCAUUGCCGCGGAUGGUGUACACUCGACUAUCAGAAAGAUAUUACAGGUGCCGACACGGAAGGAUUAUGCAGGGUAUAUUGGAUGGCGAGGCACAGUGCCGGAACGCUUACUCUCUGAGGAAACGAUUGAAUAUUUCUCAAACCGUCUCAACUUCUCGGUUUUGAACGGGAUGUAUUUUAUAAGUUACCUUAUCCCCACGGAGAGUGGACACGUAGAGCCAGGCAAGCGUCUUAUCAAUUGGGUUUGGUAUUAUGUUGUGCCAGAUGGUUCGCAAGAGAUGGAUUCCAUUUUCACCGAUAUACACGGCAAGAUACACCCAAACACGGUACCACAAGGGCUUGUCAACCCUGACGUGUGGGCUGCCCAGGUGGCACGCUACCUUCCAGAGAUGACGGCACCGCUUGCCGAGGUGGUCAGCAACACUCCUAAUCCAUUCGUCACCAAGGUCGGUGAGGCACAAUGUUUCACUCCCAGUUUCUAUGACGGCCGAGUCGUGCUGGUUGGCGAUGCGUUCACAGGGUUCAGGUCACACUUGGGCAUGGCAUCAGAACAGGCAGCGCGCCAUGUUGUGCAGAUGGAUAAAGUCUGGCGAGGAGAGAUGACAAUGGAGGAACGGGAUCGCGAGGCAAUUCUAUAUGCAAAGCGGUUUAUUUUGCUGAACAGGAUGGUCGGAUGGACAGGGCUGGGGUGGCUGUUCGCAGUUCUGACGGCGGCGGCGAGCUAUGCGUGGCUGACUAUCGAGCAGAAGUUGGGUAUUGCUUGA